AUGGCUAAUAAUCCUUCACAGCUUCUUCCAUCAGAGUUGAUUGACCGCUGUAUAGGUUCGAAAAUAUGGGUGAUAAUGAAAGGUGACAAGGAGCUUGUUGGUACUCUUAGAGGCUUUGAUGUGUAUGUCAACAUGGUCCUUGAAGAUGUUACCGAAUAUGAGAUCACUGCUGAGGGGAGAAGGAUAACUAAGCUUGAUCAGAUUUUACUCAACGGAAACAACAUUGCCAUUUUGGUCCCAGGUGGUUCACCUGAUCCAGAAUGA